AUGGCAACCAUAUCAGUUGAAGCGGCGGUGCAAAUGAUAGCUACCUUUCUUGCAAAUGAAACUCAAUCAAUGACCGGUGUUCGCCAAAGAGUGAGUAGUUUGAAGGAUGAUUUGGAAUACAUGCAUUCUUUCCUGCAGACUGCGGAAUCAAUAGAUGAAAAGGACAGCGGACUGAAGACAUGGGUGAAACAAGUAAGAGACGUGGCUUAUGAGACUGAAGACGUUGUUGAAGAGUUCUUGCUUCUUUUGACACCACCAUCUCAUCACUUCCUAAGAACAUGGCUCUUUCAUAUACAAGGUCUGAGAAUAAGGUACCUCUUAUCUGAUAAGAUAAAACUCAUUAACUUGAAGAUGAAAGGAAUCAAAGAAAGAAGAGAAACAUUUUUUCUUCCGAGUACACAUGUUGAAUUGGGAGGUGUGAAGCCGGGGCAUGACCUUAGACUUGAUGCUCUAUUUGUUAAGGAUACUGCGGCUGUAGGAAUUGACGAUUCUAAGAGCCAAUUGAUUACAUUGCUUAAUGUGGGAGAUAAGGAUCUACUUAUCGUCACUGUGGUUGGGAUGGGUGGCGUAGGAAAGACUACUCUUGUGAGGAAAGUCUAUGAGAGUCCCGCUAAGGGGCACUUUGAAUGUCAAGCUUGGAUUACUGUUUCCAAGUCAUUUACAAGCUUGGAACUUCUUCGAGCUUCCUUGAAGAGCUUCAUGGAUAAAACUAAAGAAGUAGGAAAUAAAGAGUUAGACAAAAUGGAUGUGAUUCAAUUGAUCGAUACAUUGAGGAAUUAUCUGAACCAAAAGAGGUACAUUAUUGUGUUCGAUGAUAUUUGGAGCGUUGAGGCGUGGGAUCAUGUUAAAUUUGCAUUUCCUUGUUGCUCGUGUGGGAGUAGGAUCAUCUUCACUACACGUAACGGAGACAUAGCCUCAUCAACUGAAAUCACUAAUCACAUGUUCAAUCUCAAUCCUUUGUCGAUCCAAGAUUCUUGGAACCUUUUCUGCAUGAAAGCGUUUCGAGGUGAUGAGUACAAAGGUGUUUGUCCCGAAGAGAUGCACGAUAUCUCGUGGAGCCUGAUGAAAAAGUGCGGAGGACUGCCUCUCGCAAUUGUAGCCCUCGGGGGUUUGUUGGCUACGAAGGAGAAACAUGUUCUCCAUUGGCAGAAAAUUCUGGAAAGUCUAUCUCCCGAAACAAGAAUCAUCUCAGGACUUGAGAGUCUAGAAAGGAUAUGUUUACUCAGUUACAAUGAUUUACCCAAUCAUCUCAAAUGUUGCAUCUUGUACACAAGCAUGUUUCCUGAGGAUUAUAUCAUCAAGAGAUCGAGACUCACUCUUCUAUGGGUGUCUGAAGGAUUCGUGGAAGACAGACAGGGAGUAUAUACCCGUGAAGAGGUCGCUGAGAGCUACCUAAAUGAAUUGGUUAACAGAAGUAUGAUUCAAAUUGUUUUGAAAAACAAUUUCAACCGGGUCAAGACUUGUCAACUUCACGAUGUCUUGCGAGAUGUUCUUCAAAGGAAAUCCAGAGACGAGUCAUUUUCCAUUGUGUUGAAAGAUGGAAAACUAUUACAAUCAAGUGAGAAGAUUCACCGUGUAGCAAUCUAUGAGAAUUUCGAUGAUCGCCAAACUCUCCAAGGAGCCAAGAUAUCACUAUUCACAGGCCUUCGAUCCUUACUUCUCUUUGAUACCUCGGAAUCAUAUAAUGUUGAUGGUAAAUUGUUAAAGACAUAUUUAUAUGGUUGUCGAUCGUUGAGGGUGGUGGAGAUUAAAUGUGUUUCCCUUAUCCAUUUCCCUGAAGAGUUAACUAAAUUGAUUCACUUGAAACACUUGAGCUUGAAGUGGAAUAGGCAUAUAGUAGAUAUUCCAGACUCUAUUAGAAAGUUGAGGUGUCUAGAGAUACUUGAUCUCCGAUUUUGUUAUAUAAAUCAUCUGUCGCAGGGGAUCCUAGCUUUGAAGAAUCUUCGUCAACUAUGUUAUCACACUAUAUCUGAUAUUGCAGUUAAAGUUCCAUCCGGGAUAGAAAAUUUGAGAAAGUUAGAGAAAUUGAUUGGGUUUGAAGUGGAUCGGAAGACUGUGAAUGAAAUUGGAAAGUUGACAAAUUUAAAGAGUCUAGGUGUUGUGAAACUAACAGAACAAAACUGGACGCAACUAUCUCCCACGUUAGAGAAAUUGAAGCGUCUGACUGCUUUAUACCUUUCAUCACGGGUUAACGAUAUUUUUGAACGUCUUUCUCUAACUAAUAUCUCAUCUCCUCCACUACUUUUGCAGCGCCUUUUCCUAAGUGCCAAAUUACAAAGUUUGCCUAGUUGGAUCUUUUGCCUCCGUGAUCUUAGCAAAUUAGUUCUUAUGCAUUCUAGGCUCGAGAAUGAUCCACUAAGAGCACUUCAGGGAUUGGAAAACUUGGUAGUGCUUCAUCUCGAUGAAGAAUCUUAUUGGGGAGAGGAAUUAAGUUGCGAUAUUGGAAGCUAUCCAAAGCUUAAGGAGCUCCACGUUACUGAAUUGUGGUAUUUGAAGAGGAUAGUGUUGACAGAAGGAGCGAUGCCUAGGCUAAGAGAGCUAAAACUCCGUGAUUGCCCAUGUCUAGAAACGGUACCGACAGGGACAGAACAUCUCAGAGACUUGCAAUGUCUGUCUGUAUCAUUCAUGCCUGAGAUAUUCUCACAAAAUAUAAAAGGACCACAUGGUCAAGAUUUUUGGAAAGUUGGGCAUAUUCCAAUAAUUAAAAUAGGUUUCAUCCACCGUCUAUUGAAGAUCGUCGAGCUUCCUCCACCUUCAGUCGCCUCCUCCACCGUCGUCGCCGGCACAACUGCUAAAUAA